AUGCUCAAGGCGGAGGCCUUUGCGGACGAGAGCGUGCGGCUCAUCAAGACGACGCGCAAGCGCAACCCAGGCCUGCAGCUGCUGAUGUUCAGCGCCACCUUCAACGAUCGCGUCAAAAACUUUGCCAUGCGCAUCGCGCCCCGCGCCAACCACGUGUUUGUGCCCAAGGAGAAUCUCAGCCUGAACGUCAUCAAGCAGUACAACGUCAUGUGCCCCACGCCGGCGGACAAGGCCCGGGUGCUGCAGGAGCAGAUCUGCCCAAACUGCGAGAAGCUGGGCCAGACCAUCAUAUUCACGCGCACCAGGGCGGAGGCCGCGGCGCUGCACCAGAUGAUGGCGGGGCUGGGCUUCAAGUGCACCAGCCUCAGGGUGCGGGCCGCGCCAACAGAGCACGUCCGUCUUCAGUAA